ACUUUUCAACUUAACUUUUAUCUUUUUAACUAGACACUACCCAACCCUGUUAUUAAUAAAAUGCAAUGACCGCAUCUAUCGCGAAUGAUUAUAAUUAUAUUAAUUGGUGAUAAGUUUUAGGAAUAUUGUAUAUCGAUAUACCAAGUAUAUUCCCACCUUCGAUAAUUUUUCGCUCGAUAACUUUAUCAACGAUGAAGUUCAAAUAUUACCGAAUUGCACUCUCGAACGUUAUCAGUACAGUAUCAGUCCUGCCAUUGGGUUUGCCAGAGCUAUCUUAAGUGUAAAAAUGUGUAUUGGUAUAUAAUCUUAUUUUUUGGUUUAUAAUUAUCGGGUACAUGCUCUUGUAUUUUCUAAACGAGUACACCAAGCGGAAAGAUCGUAUCUCUUGCGUGCUUAAAAUAAUAUUUUAACCGGGCUUACUCAAUAUCUAAAUUAUUCGUUUUGACGUGCGUCUUACCAGUCAAACUGUUCCCUUAUUUGAAUUCGCUUUGUCUGGAUUGUAAGUGAAGUGCUACGAGAGUGAAAGAAUACACAUUUUACUAUAAUAGUUGUGCUUAUUAUUUUGAAAAUAAUAUGUACCUAUAUCAAUUAUCUAUUACAUAUUUUAGGGUGCGCAAGUUCCAAAAUUACUUUAGAAAAAUGACGGAAACACAGUGGAGGACUUUGGGAUACAUGGUAAGACAAAUACAGAAUAAUAAAUUAAAGGGGUGAAGGAGGGAAGUGAUACGCGGAUGUAGAAAUUAAAAAAAAUGUUAAUUAUAGAGGAAUAAUAGAUUAAUAUAAAUAUAGAGAAAUUAUAGAGAAGUAAGAGAGAAAUAAUAAAUUAACGAGAACAUUGGGAGCAAAUAAGGAGUUAAAAUGAGAAGCAAGGGAUUGUCAAAAUAAAAAUUGAAAUACUGAAUAGAAAUAAAUUGGAAAGACGUGGAGAGAGAGAGAGAGAGUAAAUUGAAAUCAAGUAACCAGAUAGAGAAGUAUACUUAAAGUCACCUGAUGAAUAAAAUUGAAAGAGAACUUCUUGUUGAUCCAACUGGAAAUAGAAUUAAUUAAACGUCACAAUUGGUACGACAUUUCGACCCAAGUAUCAGGUCCUUAUCAAGUAACCGAACUGCAAACCAACAUGUCACAAUUUUUUGAAGGUGGUAAGAAUGGGGAGUCAGUGAGAAAGUUAGAUAUGAAUUCAUAUGAACGGAAACGGAAAUCGCGAUAGGAAUGUGUGCGGUUACAAAAACAGCGAUAGAGCGGACAAUCAAGCGUGAAUGCGCUGUGAAAAAAGCACGAGUAACAAUUAUAGUAGUGUCAAUUGUAUGCAUAAGAUGCAUAGUGCUGCGUGUUCCAAUGUGAGGUGGAAACUUUGUAGUAAUAAAUUGAGAAUAUCACAAUGAAUCAUGACGAGAUUGAGCUGCAGAAGUUAGUAAUCAAUCACGACUCUUCUCCGAACAUCAUGGAAAAUCUUCACAAGCUUCUGCUAGGUGCCAUAGAAUGCGAGGACUUUGAGUCUUUCGAACAGAUCGUGAAGGAAAAUUCGAAAGAGCUACCAGCCGCCACAAUCGUCAGAUAUGUCGACCCGAACACGGAAGACACAUAUCUCGAUGUAGCUAGUAGAAAGGGCCUGGUGGAGUUCGUCGACUUCUUAUUGCGCAAGGGAGCAGAGGUCAACAGGGUGAACGGGAGGCAAAAUGGCGCUCCCAUUCAUUUCGCUGUUAAGGGCGGACACGUAGAUACAUUGGCAAUUUUGUUGGCGCAAUGCACAAUAGAUCUAGAUCUGGAGGUGGGACAGCGGACUGCUCUGCACAUCGCGGUGGAGAACAACGAUCUGAUGUGUGCCGAUCUGCUGCUGAAGGAAGGUGCGAGCGCCAAUGUUCUCAACAAUGAGAACCUAACAGCCCUUCACUUGGCGGCAAUGAAGGACCAACGCGGUAUGGUGGAGAUGAUGCUGGCCGAGUGCGCACAGGGCUUGGAAUUAGACAGAUACAAAGAUUGCAAUAACCAGACGACACGAGAGGUGGUCGAGCAGAAAAUGCCGGAACUGUCGAAGAAGUUACCGUUCAAAAGGGAAAGUAGGGAAGUAAACGCGCAAGAUCUCAAGUACCACCUAAACAACAGGGACGAGGCAAACUUCCUGAAGUGUAUGGAGAACAUCUGGGAAGAGAUUCCUCCUGGUACGGCUGAGAAUCUGCUAAGGAUGUGCACACAACACAAUUUUCAACAAGCCGUGAUGGCAAUUUUGGAAAGAUUCGAAGGAAAGCCGGGCUUCAGCGUGAGGGAAGCCGCACUCGCGGCCUUUCAGAGCGGUCAUCAUGUCAUUUUUAAGGAAUUGCUGAAGGUGGAACCCGAGAUGGGAAACGACCUGAUUCUGAGGACCUGCCGGGAAUUGAAGAUCGAGUCGAGGAAACAAGGAGGCGACAGUACGUCGAACCUGCAGAAGUGCGUGGAGAUCCUGGUACAGAAUAACGUGAAUGUCCGUUGCGCUGACAAUACUGACAUGGAUCUUGAAGAGAAUUCAGAGCAGGAUCGUUUAUUGAGCGUCUAUGACUUAUCCCCAGCUAACAAGGGAGCUUUUUACAAAUUACUGCUGAAAUCCAUGCUAUCCAACGAUUUUCGCACUUUCAAAAACGCUCUAGAUAACAGACAACAACCAAAUGUCUUGCAUGUCAACUAUGUCUAUCCUUAUAACGAUUCCGAAGAAACGUUACUCGAUAUAGCUAGUAAAUCUGGUUCCACGGAGUUUGUAAAACUUUUACUGCACGAAGGGGCAAACCCGAACAGGAUAAACAUAAUGUACAAUCGCGCUCCUAUUCACUUUGCUACCGAAGGCGGACACGUGGCCACAUUGGCAGUUUUGCUAGCGGAACCAACGAUAAAUCCAAAUCUCGAAGCGGGACGGCAAACUGCCUUGCACAUUGCGGUGAGAAAGAAUGACCUGACCUGCGCCGGUCUGCUGCUGGAGAAAGGUGCCAGCGCAAGUAUUCCGAAUAAUAAGGGCCUGACGGCCCUCCACUUGGCGGCGAUGAAGGGCCAGUGCGACAUGGUGGAACUGAUACUAGGAAACAGCCAACAGUAUCCAGACAUCGACACCUACAAAGAUUACAACGACCAGACGACGCGAGAAGUGAUUCAGCAGAUACUGCCGGAUGUGUCACUCAAAUGUGAAAAUCGCGAGGUAAACGUACACGAUCUUAAGUACUAUUUGACCGCCAACGACGAGAAGAACUUCCUGAAUAGUAUGAAACUUGUCAAGACAAAGGUGCUUCACAACGAAACCGAAGAACUCCUACAGAUGGCUGUGGAGCACAAUUUGUACAAAAGUGUGUUUGAACUCUUAGAAAGACUCGAGGAAGAAUGGUUCAGUGUAAAGAAAGCCGCAGAAAUAGCCGUUUUGAACGGUCACGUCCAUAUCCUUCAAUUAUUGCUGCGUGUGCAGCCGGAAGUUGCCAACGACUUGAUACUGAGUGCCUGUCAGCAGCUGGGAAUGCCGAAAAGACGAAAAGGCAAUGAUACCGAUCGGCUGAUGUGUGUAAAAUUAAUUCUGGAACAGGAAAACGUGGACGUUCAUUGCACAGACAGCAAAGGCAACACGCCGUUGCAUUACGCAGCCAGAGCGGAUAAUCGCGAAGCGAUGAGUCUGCUUCUCAAACGAGGCAGUUACAUUGGUCACAUGAACGAAUUUAACGUACCGCCCAUCGUAAACAUUCCGGCCUGCACGCUGUCGCGCCACUUCGACGACUGUUUACGGAUGCUGAAGGAAUGGACGAACAAAUACGUGAUUGAGUUCGACUAUUGUUGUCUGAUGCCGCACGACGUUCUGAAGAAACACGAGGAACGUCGGUUAACUCGCGAGAUGGUAGUUUUUCAGUACAUAGCUGGCAAUAAUGAUCUUAAACACUUGCUGACGCAUCCGAUACUCUCAUCUUUUCUCUAUCUCAAGCGACAAAAUAUACGACACAUUUUGUGCGCGCAUUUUGUCCUCUACACGAUGUUUUAUAUCCUGCUAAAUUUCUACAUCUUGAGUACGAGUUUCAACAAUCCUGCAAAUGAAACGGAAAUAUUUAAUGACAAUGUAACUUUAAAAAAUCCUCUGCAGAUCGUCUGCCAUCAGGACAUUUCUCUAUGGAUCCUCAUUAUCCUACUAUUACUGCUCUUUAUAUUUUGGGAGAUCCUUCAAUUCAUCUCCUGUCCUAGGAACUAUUUGUUGAAGUUGAAGUUGACAAACUUGGAUAGCUGGUUGCACAAGGUGCUGAUUUUACUGACGGUCGCUCUGAUAUGCGGGGCGCAUCAGGUCGGCACUUUACUGAUCCUAUUGUCCGUCUACAAACUAAUCAUACUGAUCAGCUAUUAUACAGAUAGGCCCACCAGCAUUGAAAUGUUCCGAACGGUCUCUGGAAACUAUGUGCGUUUAUUUUUUCCGCACGUGCUUUUCGUCAUUGCGUUCGCCCUGGUUUUCUAUACACUCUUCAAAGAUAACACGAACUUUUCUGAUCCCAUGCGUUCGAUCUUCAAGACCAUCGUUAUGCUUACCGGCGAGCUUGACACAAACGAAAUCCCGUUUGUUGCGCACCCCUUUUGGAGCCGUUUCGCGUUCAUACUGUUCAUCUUCUUCAUCGUUAUCGUGCUACUUAAUCUACUCAACGGCUUGGCGGUCAACGACACCACCGAGAUCUUGAGUAACGCCGAGCUAAUCGGACUAAUUUCCACAAUACGCACACUCGCCUAUCUCGAAGACAUGACAGUGAGUAUACUGUUUAAAAAAUCCUUCCGUUGUGGAAAUUCCAGAUUUUUACGAUACCCUUUCCGCUUCCUCGCCAAGAAGCUUUUCCUAUUUCCACAUUAUUUGACAAGCGGCAAAGUCAACGUCAAGCUGUACGAUAGCACAAAUGAGAAAUACAAUCAGCUGGUAGCGAGAGAAUACGUUUGUAGAGAGUCUGUGAAUCGUGAUAAAUACUGGCCCAGCUUGAGAAUGGAUCCUAAUAUAGUGGAGCAAGCUAAACAGAUUAUCUUGAGUAAAAAUCGAUUAUCAGAUAAUGAAAAUAUAAUGAUGGAGUUGAAGAAGCUGAGGGACGAAAUGAUGAUCCUGAGAUCGAAGGUUGUGGCGCUCGCUACGAAUAAUACUUCAAAGCACCAAAAGAGAACAAGAUGCUUUGCAAUCUCCGACAUCUCGCUAAAUAACCUAACGGUUGACGGCGUUCCCACAGAGGGAAAAUACAAAAAAAAAAGCCAUGAAAUCUGCGACAGUUGAUACAUGUGUAUUUCAAAGGGAGAAUUAAUAAUAUAUACUUUAAGUAUAUAAAAACAU